ACCUCCGUCUUCCCAUAGUAAAGAUGGCGGCCCCCGGAGUGUAGACUACAGGCAGUACCACUUCCGCAUUUUUCUUGCGCCCUCAUCCAACAUGGCCGACGAGGCCACCCGGCGUGUGGUGUCCGAAAUCCCGGUGCUGAAGACUAACGCCGGCCCUCGAGAUCGUGAGUUGUGGGUGCAGCGACUUAAAGAGGAAUAUCAGUCUCUUAUCCGGUAUGUGGAGAACAACAAGAAUGCGGACAAUGAUUGGUUCCGACUGGAGUCCAACAAGGAAGGGACUCGGUGGUUUGGGAAAUGCUGGUACAUUCAUGACCUGCUCAAAUAUGAGUUUGACAUUGAGUUUGACAUUCCUAUCACAUAUCCUACUACUGCUCCAGAAAUUGCAGUCCCUGAACUGGAUGGAAAAACAGCAAAGAUGUACAGGGGUGGCAAAAUAUGCCUGACUGAUCACUUUAAGCCUUUGUGGGCCAGAAAUGUGCCCAAGUUUGGACUAGCUCAUCUUAUGGCUCUGGGGCUGGGUCCAUGGCUGGCAGUGGAAAUCCCCGAUCUGAUUCAGAAGGGCGUGAUUCAGCAUAAAGAGAAAUGCAACCAAUGAAAGAUCAAGCCACUGAGGCAGGACAGAGGGACCUUUGAUAGGCUACAUUCUUGCUCUCUGUGCAUCACUCUUACUCAUCCAACCGCUUCCCCCCCAUACCACUUCACCUAUAAUUGUUACUAAGUAGCUGCAUCAGGCAUGCUGAAAAAAAGAAACAACAGCAUUGCUACUGAAUUCCUAAGGCUACACAGGGAGGGGAAAGACUGGGGCUUUGGGGAGCCCAAAGGCAAUUUGUAUGCCUUCCGCAGGUGAAGCAGUGUGAGAUCCAGGAAGUCUGGGAGGGCUGAAAGUGGGUGCAUAGUCUUUUUGGUUUCUGGAGAUAACUCUUCAAUAAAAGCUGCUUCCUCUGGUAA